UUGCACUUGUGCUAGUUGCUUAUACUGCCCUUAAGCCAUGUAUUUUUAUAAUGCACUUGCAUGCCAGUCCUGUGACAAGUUGAGCAACUGGACCGACUUGUUUGUGAGAAACUCCGGGUAGAAUAUACAUUUCGGUGGCUUUUUAUUUUUUGCCACAUUGUUAUUUUUUCAUUAGAAGCCCAUUUCCUCUUUAUGUACUCAAGAGGUCCAACUUGAUACCCAAGGCGUGGGAAAACCUUAUCCCCAUUUGCUGAUGGAAGCUGUGCAGCUGUGGUGUUCGAGUGCUUCCGCUCCAGUCCAGCUGUUAGCCAGACCGCAUAUCUGAAAGAUGACAUUUUGAGGAGUUGCCGUCAUGCUUGUAAUAUUGCCCUCCCCAGGAAAUGCAGCACAUUGAUUUUCUCUUACUGGAUGUAAGUCAAGAUGCAUGCUGUUUAUUGAUUGUUUGCAACUGCUUUCACGGACUAUGAGGCGAUUGUUGAUGGCCUCAGUGAACCCGAGGUUUUGUUUUUUAAGAAGGCUUUGUCAGUGAAAGUUUCAUAGUACCCUGAAAAGAAAGCAUGAGCCUGCACAGACUGGAGAGGCGUUUUCGAAAGUAUGCAGGAGGACUUAAGAGCGGCACUGUGGAGAAAAGCCUAAAGUCAACAAGACGGGCAAUUAGGAACUAUCGCACUUAACUUCUUGAAUGGAGUAAGAACUCCCAUGAACUUUGACAAGCCGAACGGGAAAUUAAUCUAAGCUGGUUCCAACAAUCCCGUCUUGCUUCCUAUCACCGGUGGUGAUGGGGAGCUCGGCCUCAUCCCUCACUGCGGAGACUGAGUCAGACCAUGGUUUCCGCAGCAACACUUACCCGUCGUCGCCCCCGGUGGGCUGGCUCAGGACCAGUCACAGCAGCCCGGUGUGGGGCACCAGCUUUAUCACACGGCAGCAGCAGCAGCAGCAACCUGCGCUGCCUCACAGAGAGCGCAGCCACUCUCACUCUCCUGGCUCCAUGGCAGCUGCGGUGCGAGGCAGCGAGUGGUCAUGUGGACGCUGCACCUUCCUAAAUGUGGGCGGAGCACCCCGCUGUUCCAUCUGUGAGGCCCCACGCCAGAAACCCGACCUCAACCAGAUCCUUCGCCUGAGCAGCAGCGAGGAGCACCGCUGGGCUUGCCCCCGCUGUACCCUCAACAAUCCUCAGGGAUCGAGAGCCUGCACCGUCUGCGGGUUUGGACCGUCCACAACCACACCUUCACCUGCCAUCACGACCGUCGCUGCCACUUCAAACGGUCUCCCCCCUGCUCCUACGGAAGCCUUGACGCCAACCGUCAAGCCCACGGUGCUUUCAGAACCCCAAGGACAGGUUCCGAUGAAAGAGGACAUGUUGAGACACUCUGAGAGUAAUGGAGAGGUGGCUAGUUCAAACGUGCAGCAUCUAGGAUGGGCUUGCCCUCGCUGCACACUUCUCAACACACCUGUUGCACUGUCCUGUUCAGCCUGUGGUGGACCCAGGAAACUUUCUCUACCUAAAAUCCCCCCUGAGGCACUGGUGGUGCCUGAGGUUCGCACGCCUGUACUGGGGUUCCCGGUGGGCUCAGCCGGGACCGCCCCUCUACUAAUAGACUUAACAGAUGAUUCCCCUCCACCUCCUCCAUGUGACACCCAAGAACCUCCCCAUGUGUCCUCACAGCCCCUCUCUUCUGCUUUUAGUCCUUUCUCCUCCCUCCAGAACAACCCUGUGCCACGAAGUAGGAGAGAAGUUCCCCCGACAGGGCGGCCACCAAACCCAGGUAAUAACACGCCAAGUCCCACCUCUCCAUCAAGCACGGGUGUGCCCCCACAGCCUGGUCCACAGCGUUCUUCCAAACCCAAACAUGCCCAACCGCAAGAGCCCUCGUACCCCAGCAAGCGCCUCAGUAUCUUGGAAGAAGACGAAACGGUCCCCACCUGGAAGUGCCCAGGCUGCUCUUUGGCUAACCCAAGCGGGUUGUCCAAGUGUGAGACCUGCCGAUCAUCGCGGGCUGGUGCUGACUUGAUCGAUUUGGGUUGCGAGACAGUACGCUUCACCCCGGCCAGCCCCUCUAGCCCAGACUUCAGCACCUGGGCCUGCUCUAAAUGCACUUUGCGCAACCCCACAGGCGCUCCAAAAUGCUCAGCCUGCGGUUCGUCCAAGCUGCACGGCUUUCAGGAGCAGCAGGCGCCCCUACCCCGCUGCUGUGCACACUGCGGCCAAGUCCCAUCUGGGUCUGGCACAGCGUGCUCCUGCAAUCCCUCGUCAGCUGCAUCCUCAUCGGGUCAUAAAACACGGAAACAGGGCAGAGGUUUCCCCUCCUCGUCUGCGGCUUCUUCUAGUUCCUUGGAGAGGACAAAACAGUGGAGUUGCCCAGCGUGCACGCUACUCAAUGACAUCAAGGCCAAGAACUGCGCAGCUUGCCACACACCCCAGCAGUACCUCACCCUUCGCAAGGUGGUCAAGCCUCUGAAGAGGAGGGAAAGCAUGCACGUGGAGGCCCGUCGGCGAAAUGAUGAAGGUGAAGCCAAGGAGCUUUGGGAAAACAUUGUCAGCUUCUGCAGAGAGAACACGGUGAACUUUGUGGAUGACAGCUUCCCCCCAGGCCCUCGGUCCGUAGGCUUCCCCGAGGGGGACAGCGUCCAGCAGCGAAUCAAGAAGUGGCUCCGCCCCCACGAGAUCAAAUGCAGCAACUUCAAAGACCGAGGCGUCAAGUGGUCCGUUUUCCGCACGCCACGACCCUCUGACAUCCUCCAAGGGCUGCUGGGAAACUGCUGGUUCCUCAGUGCUCUGGCGGUGCUGGCCGAGCGUCCCGAGUUGGUGGAAAGGGUAAUGAUUACAAGGACCAUCUGCACGGAGGGAGCCUACCAAGUUCGCUUAUGCAAAGAUGGGACGUGGACGACGGUGCUGGUGGAUGACAUGCUCCCCUGCGACGACUACGGCUUCCUCCUAUUCUCCCAGGCCCAGAGGAGGCAGCUGUGGGUGGCGCUCAUUGAGAAAGCCCUAGCCAAGCUCCACGGCUCCUACUUUGCCUUGCAAGCAGGGCGUGCCAUCGAGGGCUUGGCCACACUGACGGGGGCUCCGUGCGACUCCCUGAUGCUGCAGGUCAGCUCCACCAACCCACGGGAGGAGCCCAUCGAUACGGACUUGAUCUGGGCCAAAAUGCUGAGCUCUAAGGAAGCCGGGUUUCUGAUGGGUGCCUCGUGCGGAGGAGGCAACAUGAAGGUGGAUGACGCCGUUUAUGAAUCGCUGGGAUUGCGACCUCGCCAUGCCUACUCCAUCUUGGAUGUACGAGAUGUUCAAGGAUACAGGUUGCUUCGCCUCCGUAACCCGUGGGGUCGAUUCUCGUGGAACGGCAGCUGGUCAGACGAGUGGACGGACUGGCCGCAGCACCUGCGUCAUGAGCUGAUGGCUCACGGGAGCAGCGAAGGGGUCUUCUGGAUGGAGUACACCGAUUUCAUCAAGUACUUUGAUUCUGUGGAUAUCUGUAAGAUCCACUCCGACUGGCAGGAGGUGCGGCUUCAGGGAUGCUUCCCGAGCAAGGCCAGCGGUCCCGUCACUGUCACGGCCCUCACUGUGCUGGAGAGGACGGCGUUGGAGUUUGCUCUCUUCCAGGAGGGAAGCAGGCGCUCUGACACGGCCGACAGUCACCUGCUGGACCUGUGCAUCAUGGUGUUUCGCGCCUCCUUCGGAAGUAACAACAAGCUGACCCUGGGCCGCCUGUUGGCGCACAGCAAGCGAGCGGUGAAGAAGUUUGUCGGCUGCGAUGUGAUGUUGGAGCCUGGCGAGUACGCCGUGGUGUGCUGCGCCUUUAACCACUGGCAGAUGAACGUCAGUGGGUCAGGAGGUCCACCCACACCUAUCUCCAGUCCAACCAGUGGAGACCAGCGACGGCCCAGUCAGGACUUCCCGGGCUACAUCCUGGCUAUUUACAGUUCCAGGCAGGUGAUGGUGGAGCAGGUGGAGGCGACCCCCACCACGCUGGCUGACGCUAUCAUCCUGCUGACGGAAAACAAAGGCGAAAGACACGAGGGCCGCGAGGGCAUGACGUGCUACUAUUUGACGCACGGCUGGGCGGGGCUCAUCGUGGUAGUGGAAAAUCGCCACCCCAAGUACUACCUCCACGUCUCCUGUGACUGCACGGACAGCUUCAAUGUGGUGUCGACGCGCGGCAGCCUCAAGACCAUCGACAGCGUACCUCCUUUACACCGGCAAGUGCUGGUGGUGCUCUCCCAGCUGGAAGGUAACGCCGGCUUCUCCAUCACGCACCGGCUGGCUCACCGCAAGGCACCGCAGGCAGCUCUGGGCGACUGGACGCCGACCAAAGCCACCCACAGCCCACAGCUCACCCCGGACAUCGACGGGCUGCACCGACCCCGGCCGCUAUGACCACCGGCCGACCGUCACACCACUGGAACACUGGGCAGGGGGCAUGUGGAGAAGGGCACGCGUCUGAAUGUAUUCAUCAACACUGAAGCUCUCGUCCAAGUAGCGAUGAAGGAGGAACUCGCUCAGCCUCCAGCUCCGGCUUGAAAGUGUCAAGUGUGGACAGCUUCGAAGCAAGCGCUGUAACUUGGAUUCCCAAAAAGUCAGGGUGGAGUGCUGUAACUACUGAGCCAUUGUCCAAGACCUCCUCCUCAAUCCUCCGCCCACUCGGAACACCGGGAAACAGCAACCCGACCCAACAGUACGGUACCAAUCGAGCCAAUUUUUUUUAUUUGACAAUGCAGGUACAGUACCAGUCUUACAUGUUUCAUCCUCAUAUGUUAUUGUUGAGCAGGUUUUAGAAGAAGCCAUUUUCUAACUUCCAUCUUCAUGCUCUUAUCUCAGGACCAAAAGGUGUCAUUUUAGGCUUGUUUUCCUCCAAUAGAAAAUCUUUUCAAACAUGUUUAAUGUAUUGCCAUCGCAGUGACAUGUACUGUGCAUCAUUACAACAAACACACAUCAAAAGGCUUUUGAAAUAUCACAGCUUUUUGUGAGCCGAUUAAAAACUGGUCCACGACUCAUUUUGGGACCAGACGUUCCGUUUGGAAAUGGUGAUCUCAAUAUAUAUACAUAGCCAGUAGUAGUUCUGAAUGAGGUUCGCACACUGUAAUUCUUUUUUUAAGCCAUUUUUGAUACACUCUGGGGACAAAAGUGUUGGGACAUUUCAACUACUGCAAGUAAAAAUCUCAAAAUAUGGACAACUUCCAACUCGUGGCUGUUUUAAUUUUAAGGGUCUGAUUCCUUACAGUUAAAAAUUUUAAACAUAUUUAGACAUUUCCCUUCAUUUUGGUUGAUUUGAUUUAAAUUGUAUUAAUCCACUUAUUUUUGCAUCCUUUGCCAAUUUUAAUAUUUUCUUUCAGUGAUACAUUUUUGUUUACAUCUCUUUGCAUUUGGGUUCAUUCAAGCAAGGUUAGACGUUUCCCUUCAUUUGAGUUAAAUUACUCAAAUGUUGACAUUCACUCCAAUUUUAGACAUGUAGCAAAUGUUGACAUUUUCUUUUACUGGGAUACUACCGGCAAAUUGGCAUUUCCCUUAAUCAGGACAUUUGGAGCAAAUUUUGACAAAUGUUUCUACAUAAAGAAGUUUGGAGCAAAUGUUUGACAUAUCCCUUCAUUUGGGUCAUUUGGAGCAAACUUUUCAUUUCUUUUUAAGUUUAGACAUGUUUUAGUUAGUUUAACAUUUUCUUUCAUAGACACUUGGCAUAAAUUUGACAUUUUCCUCCAUUUGACCCAAAUUUUGACAUUUUCAUUCACUAGGCAUACAUUUGACAUUUUCCUUCAUUUGGACCACAUUUUGAAUAUUUCCAUCAUGGUUCGCUACAUUCCAUCACUUGGGUCAUUUGCAACAUGUUGUUAAAUAUUCAUAUUAGUAGUUUUAACAUUUUCCUCCAUAAAGAAAUUUGACAUGGAUUUGACAUUUUCCUUAAAUUUUGACAUAUUCCUUCAUACAGACUUAUGGCGUAAAUGUGUUCAUUUCGACUAAAUGUUUACAUUUUCCUUCAUAGAGAACUUUGGAGCACAUCUUUGCCAUCUUUUGAGUCAUUUGGAGCAAUAUUUUUUAAUGUAAGUUUUUAGUAGUUUAAACAUUUUCCUUUAUAUUUGGCAUACAUUUUUUUAUUGGGACAUUUUUUGCACAUUUUGACAUUUCCCUACCUAAGUUUGGAGCAAAUGUCAUUUGAGUUAUUUAGAGCAAACAAACAUUCCCUUUAAUUUUAGACAUUUAGUUGUUUGGUUCAUGGAGAAAGAAGUUUGGCACAUAUUUGGACAUUUUCCAUCAUUUGAAUGAAUAUUUGACCUUUCCCUUUAUUUGGAUUAUUUUACUAAAUUUUUAUCUUAGCAUUCAUUGGGACAUUUUCCUUCAUAGAGCACAAAUGUUGGCAUUUUCCCUCAAUAUGAUAUGUCAUUUAAAUUUCAACAUUUGCCACCAUUUUUGUCGUUUUCCUAAAAUUUGAACAAUCCCCAAUUUUGGGCAUUUACUUCAUGUUUUAAGAUUUGUUUUGCACAUAUUGGCAUUUCCCUCAUUGUGACUUGUUUAUAUGCUGUUUUUGUAUUAGUGUUCCUAAAAAUCAGAUAUACCGGCCUCCAGACACAUUUGUUUCUGUAAAUUUGGCCCCCCGAGUCAAAAUAAUUGCCCAGGUCUGAUAUAGAGGAAUAUUUGCAGACUUCUUUGGCGUACCACUAGAUGGAGCCCGCGUACCCACACUUUGAGAAUGACUGUCCCACACUAAUGAAGAGUUUAUCCCAGCACUUUUGUCCAUCCUUUUUUUCCACUCUCCUCAUGUUGGUGCAGUCUAAACGCUGGAAGCUGUAGUCACUACUCGUCUACUUCCCAACACAUCAAUUCCCAGAGCUGGGCCUCAACUCCCCCUUGUCUCUCUCUAUAUAGAUGGAAUUCAUGGGGUUUUUUUUCGGAAGGUGGCCUCCAUAUUUGUCCGUUAUGCUCACAUUUCAAAGACUUUGGAGUGUUGUCAAGGGAGUCUCUUAGCAGCUGUUAGGACAAUGGAGGCUCUCACUUGGAGACCUUUGGUUUAUAAAAGAGUGAGAGAGUCCAGGUCCUUGCAUUUUGUUGCAGUGAAAAAAACAGCCAGCUACUUUUUCACCAUCAUGUCUUCUUGCUGUUGAGAUGAAUGCGGUACAGUCCAAUCACAGCCAUGGGAGAGUUUUUUUUAUUUUUUUUAUUUUUAUUUUUGGUCUUACUUGAAAGCUGCAAAGCUCUGGAGUGAUUUCGGCUCCUUUUAAAUCAAAAGCUUGAUUAGUUUUUGUCUUUGACGCCAUUUUAUUAGUUUUUUGUUUCAUUUUACCUUUAGGAGGAGUUUAAAAAGUGUAAAUAAGUUUUCCAAAGAAACUUCUGUGAAUAAAUGACCACUUUUCUAGAUAUUUGCACUGAGCAGCUGUGCAAUUUAAUUUAUUUGGCUCAAUUUGCAGAAGGCGAUCACUUUAUGUUUAUUUCACGUGCUCUGUUUGUUUCCUGUCAUCCUUCGGCUCUCUGGUGUCCUGGUGGUGGUUUUUGUUUUGUUUCAGUGGCGCCCCCUGCUGCUGGCCAGACUAGGCUACAAGCUAGAGACAAUACGCACUAGCUGGCCUUUCCUCUCUGAUGUAACUGUACAGGUGCAAAGCUGAGCUCUACUGUAAGAAAUGGUAACAACAAUUUUAAACAAUAAAAAAGACGUAGUUGAAUCCAACAAGCAGGAGCUUACGAAUGUGAUAUAUAUAUAUAAAUAUAUAUAUUUUAUUGAUCGAUUUUUGUCAGGGGGAUGAGUAUAUGUGUACAAAUAUGUUUGUUUUAAUAUUUCAAUCUCAGGUUCCAAUGGACCAAAUAAAA